AUGGCGCAAGUUGUUACAUGCAGGGUAAAAUUCAUUCCUCUGCAACUUGAGUUUAUCGCAACCUUUGUGUAUGUCUAUAAUAUGAAGGAAGAUAGGAAGGAGUUGUGGGAUCACUUAAGCCAACUGAGUGGGAAUCAUAAAGAGCCUUGGAUAGUAUUGGGAGAUUUUAAUGUUGUGCUUCAUAGAGAAGAUAGAUUGGGAGGAAAUCCAGUUACUCUAGUUGAGGUAACUGAUUUCCAAAACUGUAUUGAUAAUUGUGGUUUGGAGGAAAUAGCCAAUUCAGGAAGCCAGUAUACCUGGAAUGAUAAACAGGAUGCUAGGAUUUUUUCAAAAAUUGAUAAAGUGUUAGUUAAUGGAGAGUGGGUGGACCAGAUGCCUGAUAUAACUGCGCAUAUUCUGCCAGAGGGUAUUAGUGAUCACUGCCCUUUAGUGGUUCAGAUGUUGCAGUCAUUCUCUAGGAAGGAAAAUCAGGACAGAGAGGCAAUGAGGAGAAUCCAAAUGCAAUUACAGCUGACUCCACUGAAUGCUACUAUACAGAAGGAGGAAAAGGAGUUAAGUGACAAGUUCAGAAGAUCAAUAUACUUGGCUGAAUCAAUAUUAUUACGGAAGCAAAGCAACUUGGAUUAG